GCAAUCUUGAGAGCUUGCAGACACAGCUUGCAAGAAAAAUGAGGCUCCCUAUUUUCAUAGCAGAUGCAUUCACAGCAAAAGCAUUUCGUGGGAAUCCUGCUGCUGUUUGUCUCCUAGAAAAUGAAUUGGAUAAAGACAUGCAUCAAAAAAUUGCAAGGGAAAUGAACCUUUCUGAAACAGCUUUUAUCCGAAAACUGCACCCAACUGACAACUUUACACAAAGUUCCUGUUUUGGAUUGAGGUGGUUCACUCCAACGACCGAGGUCUCUCUCUGUGGUCACGCUACCCUGGGUUCCGCAGCCGUGCUGUUUCACAAAAAAAAGAAUGUGAACAGCACUCUAACCUUUGUCACCCUGAGUGGGGAACUAAAGGCCAGAAAAGCAGAGGAUGGAAUCGUCCUGGACUUGCCUCUUUAUCCAGCUCACCCCCUGGACUUCCAGGAAGCAGCAGACUUGAUAAAGACUGCCAUUGGUGACACUCUGGUCCAGGACAUCUGUUAUUCUCCAGAUACCCAGAAGCUCCUCGUCCGGCUCAGUGAUACUUAUGACAGGUCAUUUCUGGAGGGCCUGAAAGUGAACACACAGGAUCUGCUGCAAGUUGAAAACACAGGGAAGGUGAAAGGACUCAUUCUCACCCUUAAAGGAGAGCCUGGUGGGCAGACCCAAGCAUUUGACUUUUACUCCAGAUAUUUUGCACCGUGGGUUGGCGUGGCCGAAGACCCUGUCACAGGGUCUGCACAUACUGUUCUCAGCAGCUACUGGUCCCAGCAGCUGGGGAAGAAAGAGAUGCGUGCCUUUCAGUGUUCUCAACGAGGAGGAGAACUGGUGAUUUCAGUGCGUGCUGAUGGACGAGUUGACAUUAGGGGAGGUGCUGCUAUUGUUUUAGAGGGCACUCUGACAACCUAAAGAUGCUCUGGCUGAGGUGCUGCUAUCUUCAAUGACUAAGUAUUUUCUGCCAAAAAAAAAAAAGAGAGAGAGAAAUGUAACAGGCUGCCUUUAGCAAACUUGUUUGUAGUCCAGUUAAUUUUUACAUUAUAAAUAGAAAAAUGAAGGCAUGCUAGUGGAGAGUUAAGAAUGCUUCCUGACUAAUUAAUUAAUAGAGUUUUGGCUCUACCUGUGAGUGUAUUUAAAAUGUAUAUGACCAAUAUCAAAAGUAAUGUCAUCACUUUUUUUGAUUAUGAUAGCCAAUCAGAGAAUGAGGAAUAAGUUUAUGAGGAAUGAGAUUAAACUGUUAAAAUUUAGGUGCGAAUACCUGAUAGAAUCUUUUGCAUCCAUUAAAAAGACCCGGUAAACUCUGUGGAAAUAUAGAAAAAUAUUUAAUGAUAUAAUACUAACAAAGAAAAGCACAGUAAGCUAUAAAAUGUUAUCAUUGUUAUGCUACAUCUAUGGAGAAUUAUGAAUGUACAUGGACAAGGAUAGAAAAGUGAAAGUAGUUCAUAUACAGAGUGAUAUGAUUAAAGGUAAUUUAAUGGGUCUAAAAAAUAUUUUCUUUAUUGUUGAACUCAUGUACCAUAACUAAAAAUUAGAACCAAAUCCCAAAAUU